UAUACUUAAAACCUCCUCCCCGCCGCCCACAAAAACCCUACAUAAACUAGGGUUUGCAAAUCGCUUCGCCCCGUCAGAUCUUGCCUCCACAAUCCUCUCUCCCCCACUCUACCCGGCUUCAAAUCCCAGACGAUGGCAACCCAGAUGAGUAAAAAGCGAAAGUUCGUAGCUGACGGCGUUUUCUUCGCCGAACUGAAUGAGGUACUAACCCGUGAGCUGGCCGAAGACGGUUACUCCGGAGUCGAGGUUAGGGUUACUCCAAUGCGCACUGAGAUCAUCAUCAGAGCCACCCGGACCCAAAACGUUCUCGGUGAGAAGGGGAGGAGGAUCAGAGAGUUGACCUCUUUGGUACAGAAGCGCUUCAAGUUCCCGGAGAAUAGCGUGGAGCUCUACGCCGAGAAAGUUAAUAACAGAGGUCUCUGCGCUAUUGCCCAGGCUGAGUCUCUCCGUUACAAGCUUCUCGGUGGUCUUGCUGUUCGGAGGGCCUGCUAUGGUGUCCUGAGAUUUGUCAUGGAAAACGGGGCAAAGGGAUGUGAGGUGAUUGUUAGUGGAAAACUUAGGGCACAACGUGCAAAGUCCAUGAAGUUUAAAGAUGGCUACAUGAUUUCUUCUGGUCAGCCAGUCAAUGAAUAUAUAGACUCAGCUGUGAGACAUGUUCUUCUGAGACAGGGGGUACUUGGUAUCAAGGUCAAGAUAAUGCUUGAUUGGGAUCCUAAAGGAAAGGUGGGCCCCACAACUCCACUACCUGAUCUGGUUACAAUCCACCCUCCGAAGGAGGAAGAGGAACAUUUCCGAGCACCAGUGGUUGAGGCGGCAACCGAUAUUGAGGUCCUCUCGGUGGUUUAACCUUAAUGGUUAAAAUACUUCCUAAUCGGUUUUAACGUGUGCGUUCUGUAGUUGUUUCUUAUUCCCAAUUUUGUCUGGUAUUGGUGGAUGCUUUCGGGCCCUUGUGAUAUUUUGAGGGGUUUAUGGUGUGCUUGUAAGGUUCUGUUUGGGAUGGAAGAUGAAGGAAAGCUGCUGAGAGAAUAUUCAUAAGUAGUUUCCUUUUACUGGUGGUCAAUUUUCUCAAUUUCAAUGUGUAGUUUCAUAGACUUAUUUUAUAAUGUUUGUUAGAUAACUGGCAGUCUCAAAUAACAUUAUGUUUUCUUAGA